AUGUACAGCUUCAUGGGUGGAGGCCUGUUCUGUGCUAUUGUUGGUAAUAUCCUGUUGGUGGUCUCCACUGCAACUGACUACUGGAUGCAGUACCGUCUCUCUGGAAGCUAUGCCCACCAGGGUCUGUGGAGGUACUGCAUGUCCAACAAGUGCUACAUGCAAACUGACAGCAUAGCUUACUGGAAUGCCACCAGGGCCUUCAUGAUCCUUUCAGGGAUGUCAUGCUUUGCAGGCAUUAUCGCUGGCAUCAUGUCAUUCGCUCACUUCUCCUCCUUUGAAAGGUUCAACCGCUCCUUUGCUGCAGGAAUCAUGUUUUUUGUCUCCACUUUCUUUGUUCUGCUGGGUAUGGCCAUUUAUACUGGAGUGACCGUCAACUUCCUGGGGAGGCGCUUUGGUGACUGGCGCUUCUCCUGGUCCUACAUACUGGGCUGGGUGGCCAUGCUCAUGAACUUCUUUGCAGGUAUUUUCUACAUAUGUGCUUACAGAAUGUGUGAAUGCAGGAGAGGAAAUGGCCCACGCUAGAGGGAGAUAGACAGUUUGUUAAAAAAAAAAAAAAAAGGACAAUGACACUUUGAGUUGAGGACAAACAGAAGUUGGAGGACAACAGUGUUGACUGAUCUACUGAAGAGAUGACGUUGGAUGCUGCUC